UGUAUGAAACUGGGGGUGCUCAGAGUGUUUGAAGCGUCCCGAUGUUUUGUCACUGUCAACAACUUCAUCAUCGUCAACAUCUUCAUCAUCGUCAUCAUCAUCAGUAUCACCAUCUUCACCAUCGCCUUCCUCGCUAUCAUGAUCAUCAUCCUCGUCACCGGGGUCGUCAACUGCAUCAUCAUCAUCGAACGCCUCCGAACCGUCCUUGACCUUUCUAGUUCUUGUUGACCACCCACGCCAACAGUUUUCCCGGCUUUUUUAGGCGACAAACAUGGACAAAAGUUUCGCAGGAUAUCUUUGUUUGAUUCCUCGGGCACGUCUUGGGCAAAGAUGCACUCAAGGAACCGCUCGAUGAGUCGCUGGCUCCGUCUCUUGGUGUCUGACGCGAUGUCGACAACCUCCUGCAGACAGCUCUGGAUUAUUGGUACCAAUUCCGACUCUCCACGACCUCAUUGUGGAUUCGCAGCGACGGUUCCAACAUCGAGGGUCACUGUGAGGUAUUUGAUGUCUCUCCUGCCCUCUUCUUGCCUUUUUCUUUCCUUUCUUCUUCUUGCCCUUCUUUUUAUUUUAAUUUUGCCCAGCUUGACAAUGUUAGCGGCAGGGCUCAAAGGAUUUUUCGGCAUCUUAGUCCAAGGUUUCCACGUAUACUAUUUCAAUACUUCCGGCGGCACAUGCUGCUUGAGUCGAGUGCGCCCUUUAAAAAAGUACCAUGGGCAAUGGCGUGGUAUCCUAGCCCGAGGCGAUGGCAGGUGCCCUUCAACUGCGUCAGUUGAUUGGUGUGGAGCAGAUGGCAGCAGCGGUGAUAAUGCGUCCUGUAGCGGAGGAAUUAUGCCGCCGCACUCUAAUAUCGAUUGACUCGCUAAAGUUAAGAACAAUUGGGAAGCCAAGUACAAGUACCCUCUCUGUGCUAACCGCGCCUCUUCAAGCUCGAUCCAGAUUUGACAAUAGCACUGGCGAAGGAUC